UUUUGACCUGCUAGCUCUUGCUCACUGCCUCCCCUUCUAUUCAGCCCCCAGCCGGUUACCCGAACCUAGGUGCUACUUAGGUUUCGUUGGACCUUGCGUGCCAGCUAAUCCUUGCCUCCUCUUUAUUAUUAUUUUUUUAUAUUUUUUCUUCUGUUUUGACAUCGAACUGGUACGAAAUAACGGGGGGGCUUGUCGCGUCCAUGCAUUUCAGGAGCGUUAGCUGAUGCUCUGCAGCUUGCUUGAAAGGGCGACGCUAGUUUCCUCUAAUGGCGCAUUACCGUUAACAGUUUCUUCCUGGAGACGUAUUAAGUUCACCUGACCACCUGACCACCUGACCCCUGACUUGCGUCAAGAAAUAUUUCAAGACUCCUAGACUAAUCACACUUACUUUUUAACCUACCACUCAAGCCCUCAUUUCCCUGUUCCAAGCUCCCGCCCUCCGCGUUUCCCUGCGGCGAUGAGCGGUUACCACCACCGCAUUCGCUGUUACCUUUUCGCCAGCCUCGCGAGCUUCGCCUCCAUGCGUCUGUGAUGACCGCGGCCGACGGGCCCCUCUUUAGAUCGGAUGCCUGGGAGCAGCUCUCGCGCCCUCCCGCACUUUCCGCCGCAGAGCACGCUAAAUGGAGCAUGAUGCGACGACCUUCAACGAGUUCGGGUCGGCUAGGGGGGGAGGGGGGUGGCGGAGCGAGCGGCGGCGGCGGCGGAGGCGGCGGUAACGGUAGCGCGACUAGUAUCUUGGCGUCUCUUGUUCCGGAACAUUUCACCUGCCCGUUGUCCGCUGAUAUCAUGCGAGAUCCUGUGAUUAUAGCGUCGGGGCUGACGUACGAGCGUUCUUUUAUCGAGCAGUGGUUUGCGGAAGGGCACAUGACGUGUCCUAAAACGCGACAGCGGGUAGAUCAUACUAACCUAUGUCCUAAUGUAGCCGUUAAGAAGAUGAUUACUGAUUGGUGCCUGGCAAAUCGCAUCACUUUAGCGCCUUUGGAGCCGCCUCCUUCUCUCGACGCGGUGCGGGGAUACGGGGGGGAAGGCCACGGAAGAGGGGGCGGAAGCAGCGGCAGCGGAAGGCGCCCCCCUUCCGCUAAAUCUUCCGCGGACCGGCAGCGGUCGCGCGGGGAGGGUCGCAGCGGUACUCGUACGGCGGAAGCGGGGGGAGAGCAGGGGGAAGUGAGGCGGAUGGAGCGGCGGAACUCGUAUGACCAGGAAACAGAGGACGGUGCGCGGAGGGAGCGGAAGGUUAAGGGGAAGAUGAAGGAGGCGCGAGAAAGCAGGGAGACAAGGGAUGGUAGAGAUACCAGGGAAGGGGAAGAGAAAGAAGGACGAGGUCUGAGGGAUAGUCGGGAGGUAGAGCGGGAGGGGAGGGGGGCGGGAGAGCGGGAGAGGGGGGAGAAAGGCGGAGCGGGAGUGAAGGGGAAGGAGCGCAGCAGCAAGAGUAGUGUGAAGAAGAAAGGGGGUACCGACAAGAAGGAGGCGGAUGAAACGGAGCACGGGCACGAAAAAGGGCGAGGAGUGGCGGGGCAAGGUCAAGGGAGAACGCAGGGCGGGAAUGACAGAGAUCGGCACCAUGACACGUGGUCUGACUCAGAGGAACAGGAUCAGGAUGAGGAGCAGCAUGCUGACGUGGCAGGCAGGAAGAAGGGCAAGGGCGCCGCGGGAAAGACCGCCACGUCGACGCCAGUAAAGGUUAGGAAGUCCGUGGGCCGGAACGCUAGUUGGAGCGAGCAUCCCGCGCAAUUAGUAGACUCAGGGGGGAGUAGGGUCGAGGCGCUCUUAUCUGCGGGAAGGGAGGCAUAUGAGGGGAGUAGCGAGGGAACCGGACGUAGAUUAAAGGAGCGAGCGGAAAGAGCGGAGAAGGGAGUGGGAGCGAGAGGCGGCGCGACAUCGCUAGGAACGACCCCCGAGCACCCGAAACGCGGGAUAUUGAAAGGCGGGAGCACGCGGGAGUUUGGCAGCAGCAGGAGCAUUGCCAGCGCUGCCGUCUCCGCUGCCGCCGCCGGCGCAGACGCGUCGCCGAUGCGCAUGCGCCGCGGCGCGCGAGGCGGGUCUCUCUCCGGGCGGCACGACGUGUUUGACGAUAGCGGCGGUUUCGAGAACAGCCGGAAGCGGUUCGGGGGGAACGAGGUGGAUAUAACGGUGGCGGCGGCGGCGGUGGCGGGAGUGUUCCGCGAGCGGGCUGCGCCGGUAUCCCCGCGCGGGGAGGACGAUAGCGAGGAGGAGGGGGAAGGGGGAGGACAGGACAGGUGGGAAGGGGGGAGCGCGGGGAGCGGUCGGCAAAAAGUGGUGUUCGACUCGGGGAGAAGGGGGGGGAAUGAGGCGCGCGGGGACGGGGAAAGGGACGGGGACGGGGGAAGUAUCGGGGGACAGAUGUCAGGUGUGCACUUAGGGAGCGGCGGGGCGCAAACGGGGGGUGUGAAUAUGGAGGCGCUAGCGCAUGUCAAGGUCACGCGGAAAGAGCGCGCGCGGCUCAUGGAGCUUGCGGCGCAGCAGGGUGGCGGAAGCUCCGUUGGCGGAGCGGGGAGCUCAAGCGGGCGCUUCAGCGCAGCUGUUCUGGGGCUCGAUUUAACCCCAGGGCCGGGGUCCCACGAUGAGAACGGGGGCGGGAGCGGAGGCGGAAGCACGGGGGGAGAUCUCCCCAGCGGGCCGCCGUCCCCCCAUGCCGUCCCCCAGUGGCGGAACCUCCUUGUCGUGCGCACGCCCAUGGCUUCCGCCAGCUCUUCCCCCAUCAUGUCCCGCCAGGGCAGUCAGCGGGAGUCCGCCAGCGGGGGAACCGCGGGCGCGGGGGGAGGGUUCGGGGUGAGCGUGCAAGCCCUCCGCGCGCGCGUGAUGGAGCUGGGGACGGGUUCCGCGGGCGACUUGGGGGGUGGCGGUGGGGGGGGUGUCGGGGAAGGGGGAGCGGCGGAGGGGGAGCGUAGGUUAGGGGAGCAUUCCCGCACAAAGACGUGGGGAGGGGCGGCUCUAGCGGCGCUGCAGGGGGAAGCCGGGGGAGGGGGGAAAGUAAGCCAAGAGGAGGGGGGGCGGAGUAGCAGUGGGCGCGGGUCGCAUAGGGGGAACAAUGGGGGCGAGGGCGGGGAGGGGGGAGGGGGGGGGGGAGAGAAGAGCAGGCGGAGAAGAGCGGGAACGGGGACGUGGGAGUUGGAAGCAGAUGCAGUUUCAGGACAAGGGAGAUACGCAGAGAGCACAGGCAGGAGCAGAGACAGGGAGAGGGAUGGGGAACGACACAGAGAGAGGGAAAGGGAGAUGGAAAGAGAGAGAGAGAGGGAGUCAGGAGAGCAUGGAGAGCCAGAGGUAAUACCAGAGAGAGACUUGAGGGCGCUAGGUAAGAGCGGCAGUCAGCGGGAGCAGCGCUCGGGUCGAAUGUCAGACAUUCCUCCCCACGAGCUGCUACUCAUGCAGCAGUCACAGCAGCACGCGCCCACUGCCCAAGGCCGCUCCCCUCCCCUCUCCCGCCCCCCCCGCAACUCCCCCAAUGCCCCCGCUGCCCCCUACUCCGCCCCUUUCGGCGAGCCCCGGAAUCUCUCCCGCCUCUCUUCCCCGCCUGUUCCCCGCCCACACUCCCCAUUUUUCUCCCCAGCUGGUAGGUCUGGAAGUGGCUUGGGAGGUUCGGGAUUGUCUGCGAGCCAGGAUGACCUGUCAGCCGCCCUGGACCGGACCGGAGCAGGAGGCUCGGGGCGGUGGUCCGGGAGGGGAGGAGGGGAGGGAGGGGAGGUAGGAGGGAGUGGGAGGCAUGGUGGGGCGGGAGGGGGAUCGGGCCGGCAUCAUUUGUCUUCUAAUCUCGAUAGGUCUAUGUCUUCAGUUCCCCCAGGACUUUUGAGGGGUUGGGGGGUGACGGAGGAUGGUGGGGGACGGGGUAGUAGUGGCAACACAGUGGGAAUGGUCUCUGGGAAUGGGGCUGGUCCAACGGAGGAGAAGGAGCGGUUACUGGGACGAGGACGGUCGUUGAGAGAGCAGCAGGCGGAAGGGAAAGUGGACCAGCGGGGAUUCGAACCCCCGCCGCCUAGGGCAGCGGGGAGGAGAAGCCUGGAGCUUGAGAGGACCAGAACGGUGGGAGGGAGUGGGAAGGAACGGUACGUGAGUGCUACGUUUGGCUCUGUGGUUCGGCCUGCUAGCGCCGACAGCCAUAGGCGCAACAGGAGUGUGGGAUGGAACCUACUGGACCCUUUAGCAAACCCCGGGGGGACCACAGCAGCAGGAGUCGGAGCAGGGCUAGAAGGAACAGGAGCGGGGGGAGGAGGAGGGGGGGGAGGGGGGGGAAGAGCUAGGGACCCCUGGCAACGGCCCAGCACGCCAGAGAGAAGAAGCAUGGAUAGAGGAGGAGCAGGAUUGGUGGGUGGGUCGGCUCGGCGGGCGGGCGGCGACAUCUCUUCCACCGACGGGGCGGCGGGCGGCGCAGGGGACCCAGGAUUCGAUUCUGAGGAGCUGGCAACGCAGCUUGCAGCGCGGUUCUCUCAACUAGCUGAGGAUCUGCGGAGUGGUUCUAGGAGCAGGAGAGUUGCAGCAGCGAGGACGGUUCGCAUAGACGUGAAAGGGCAGGCUGAGGCGGGCAUAGACAUCGCAAGAAAGCAGCUGGUGCGAGCCGGGGUGAUUAAAGCCCUUGUGGCGGUGAUUAAACGCGAGGGUGGGGAGGGGGAAGGGGAGGAAGACAGGGGGAAGGGCGGCGGGGGUGGGGAGAGCGCAGCGAGAUUAGAGGAGAUAGAUCAGGUGGCAGCAGCGAUACUCACUUUGGCUCUUCACUGGUCCGCUGCUCCAGAUCUAGCCCGAGCCGGCACGAUCCCAGCCCUGGUACAGGUCCUGAAGCAAGGUGCGCAAUCGGCCAAAGCCGCUGCAGCUGCCACCCUGUAUGUGCUCGCAAAAGAGGAUGAUUUUCGGGGGGCGGUGCGGCAAUCCGGGGCGGUGCCGCUGCUGCUGAAGGUGAUCCAGGAGGGGACACCGAGGGGGAGGAAGGAUGCUGCCCUCGCGCUGUUUGCCAUCUCGUUGUCGACGCGGGGGGCCAAGGAUGUGGUGUCAACGGGGGCGAUUCCCGUUCUUUUGGAUGUUAUCGGGCAGGAGGAGGAGCUGCCCGGGCUGGAAGAAAAGGCUGUGGCGGUGCUGCUGAAUCUUUCGCGGCUGCCCGAAGGCUGCGAGGAGAUAGAGAAGAGUGACGGGAUGAUGAGGAUGGUGGAUUUACUAGAUGAAGGGGCUUCGGAACGGUCGAGAGAGGAUGCCGCUGCAGUGCUACUCGCUAUGGUGAAAAUGGAGAUUGUCACUGUAAAGGAUCUGCUUGCAGAGGGGAUGCUGCCAUCGCUGGUGCGUGUGGCUGCCGGGGGUGGGAGUGAGAGCAAGGCGGCAGGAGCAGCAGCAGGGGGGAAUGUGGCUCCAGAAGCCAAGGAGUUGCUAGAGAUGCUGAGGAAGGGGGGGAAGGAGGGAGGCAAGGAGGGAUAGUGGUAGUUCCUUUGAUGGGAUUCCCCGUUGUAGCUGUUGUAUGCCAUAAGGGAAGGUUCUGCUGUAGCUGGUGCUGUGGCUGCUUCUGUAGCUGCUGCCGUUGCUGCUGCAGGGAGGCCUUGGCAAGUCACGGGAAGCAGAGUAUCGCCGCUGGCACAUGGCAGGAGAAAGGGAGAAUUAUAUAUUGUAAAGCCCUUACUAUGAAGCCCUUUGGAGGCAGUUAAGGUGUGGUAGUAGUAGUAGUAGUAGUAGUAGCCAUGGAGAUACAGGGAAGGGCAGCAGUGGUGACAGAACUGCUGCAGCGGUAGGAGCAGCGGGGGUGAGCAGUUGAUUAGAGCAUCUAAGAAGACGCAAGCAAGCAUGGCCAGUGCAUGUAACAUAGGGGGGAGAGUGGACGAGAGGUCUGGCCGGCUUUUGAUGCGCCUCUUUUAUCUC